AUGGCUGCCAGCAGAACUCUUCGCCUCAUUCCGGGCGACGGCAUUGGCCGUGAGGUCAUUCCCGCCGGACGUCGUCUGCUCGAAGCUCUCCCUGCUUCCCUCGGCCUGAAGUUCUCCUUUGUAGACCUUGACGCCGGCUUUGAKACGUUCAAGAAGACUGGCGUCGCGUUGCCGGACAAGACGGUUGAAACGCUGAAGAAAGAGUGUGAUGGUGCUCUGUUUGGCGCGGUGAGCUCUCCCACCACGCCCACCAAGGGCUACAGCAGUCCCAUCGUCGCCCUGCGCAAGAAGCUCGACCUGUACGCCAAUGUACGGCCCGUGAAGUCGGUCGCGCCCUCUGCCGCGUUCCCCGACCCCAUCGACCUUGUCAUAGUGCGAGAGAACACCGAGGAUCUGUACGUCAAGGAGGAGAAGACAUACGACGGACCAAAUGGCAAGGUCGCCGAGGCGAUCAAGCGCAUCACUGAGCAUGCUUCCUCGCGCAUAGCAACCAUGGCCGGCGAGAUUGCGCUGCGGAGACAGCGUGUUCGCAGCAGUACUGGCGUUGGAGCGGACAGGAAGUCCAUGGUCACCAUCACGCACAAGAGCAAUGUCCUCUCGCAGACCGACGGCCUGUUCCGCCAAGUAGCGCGUCGUGCGCUCGAGGAGGCCAAAUUCCGUGACGGUGGUGUGCACAUCGAUGAGCAGAUUGUAGACUCGAUGGUUUACAAGCUUUUCCGCGAGCCCAGCACCUACGACGUCAUUGUCGCCCCGAACCUGUACGGAGACAUUCUGUCUGAUGGUGCUGCUGCGUUGGUUGGAUCUCUGGGUCUUGUUCCAUCCGCAAACGUCGGCGAUGGCUUCGCGAUUGGCGAGCCGUGCCACGGCUCUGCACCCGAUAUCCAAGGCCAGGGCAUCGCUAACCCUAUUGCGACCCUUAGAAGUGUUGCACUCAUGUUGGAGUUCAUGAACCAGGAGGAGGCUGCGGCUAUGAUCUACCAGGCUGUUGACGGUAACUUGGCAGAGGGCAAGCUCCUCAGUCCUGAUAUGGGUGGCAACGCAAAGACUGAAGAGGUCUUGAACGAUAUCAUCAGGAGGUUGUGA